AUGGGUUUCGAAAACAAGCGCGUCGUCAUUGUCGGCGGCGGCCUCGGUGGCAUGGCGUUCCUGAACGCUGCUCUGUACGCCGGGCUGAAGAACGUGCAACUUUAUGAGCAAGCACCACAAUUCGCCGAGGUCGGUGCCGGCGUCAAUAUCACAUCUAACGCAAACCGUGUCCUUGAUGCCUUUGGUCUGCAAGAGAGCAUGACUCGCAAGUCCUCGCGUAAGCUGCCUUGCUAUAUGGAGUACCACAGCUACAAGAGCGGCGAUUACCUGGGCCACAUCGAAGAGUUCUCAAACCCCCCUGCCCGUCUAUUGCACCGUGCCCACUUGCUCGAUUGUCUCAAAGAGCGCGUUCCCCAGUCUAGCUUGAACCUGGGCAAGCACCUUGUCUCGAUCGACCGAAACACCAGCGAGGGUUCCGCUCCUUACACUCUGCGCUUUGAAGAUGGUACCACUGCCGAGGCCGAUAUCGUGAUUGGAUGUGACGGCAUCAAGUCUAAUGUGCGCCGGGAUAUGGGUCUGGGCGACUCGCCCAACUACUCCGGUCAGGUCGUAUACCGUGGCUUCGUCGACUACAAGGACUUGCCCGAAGAGACUGCACAGCUGCUUCGCAAGACAGUCAACUUCCGUGGUCCCAAGCGCCACGUCCUGAUCUUGCCAAUUGGCAAUCAGGAGACAAAGACUGAUCGUGCUGCCAUUAUCGGGUUCAUGUCGGAGUCCCUCGAUUCUUGGGACUCGGAAAGCUGGAUGUCUCGCUCUGAUAUUGAUAGUCUGCAAGAGCACGUCCGCGACUGGUGCCCGCAGGUUCAGGACAUCAUUGCUGGACUCCGCAAGAGCUCGCCUGACCAGAAGAUGCUGAAGCAGGCGCUUUACGUGCGCGACCCAAUUGAUAAGUGGUAUGAAAUGAAAGAGGGCCAAAAGGAUGCCGGUAUCAUCCUUCUUGGUGACUCUGCUCACUCCACUCUUCCCCACCAAGGCCAGGGUACUUGUAUGGCCAUCGAGUCUGGCGUUGCACUGGCAACUGUGCUGCGUCACUGGAAGAAUGAUGAUCUGCAGGGAGCUUUCCAAUUCUACCAAGAUCUGCGCAAGCCCCGGACAGACCGUGUUACACAGACCAGCUACGAAGCUGGCAAGCUCGGUAGCUCAGAGUCGCCGGACGAAAUGAACGAUAAAUUCAACCCUACCGCUCUUGGGGAGCGUAUGAAGUGGAUUAUGGAGUACAAUGUGCUGGAGGACUUGAAGAUCAAAGGAGCCGAACUUCUGGAUUUCCACGACUCUCGACUUUAG